GGGGAGUAUCCCACCAGGAGUCUGAUUCUUUAAACAAACUUUUCAGUAGGACUGGCUGCUUCCCUUCCUCUGCUGUGUGCGACCCAGACAAAAGGAGUUAGAAGGACUCCCAAGUACUUGUACCUGAAGCCAAGGCCCGGAUCCAGCCGCCACCAUGUCGAGCAAGCGCGCCAAGGGAAAGACCACCAAGAAGCGCCCCCAGAGGGCCACCUCAAACGUGUUCGCCAUGUUCGACCAGUCUCAGAUCCAGGAGUUCAAAGAGGCGUUCAACAUGAUCGACCAGAACAGAGACGGGUUCAUUGACAAGGAGGAUCUGCACGACAUGCUGGCCUCUCUGGGUAAGAACCCCUCUGAUGAAUACCUGGAGGGGAUGAUGAGCGAAGCACCAGGACCAAUCAACUUCACCAUGUUCCUCACCAUGUUUGGAGAGAGGCUCAAUGGAACCGACCCCGAGGACGUCAUCCGCAACGCCUUCGCCUGCUUCGAUGAGGAGGGAUCUGGGGUGAUCCAUGAAGACCAUCUGAGAGAGCUGCUGACCACCAUGGGUGACCGCUUCACAGAUGAAGAGGUGGACGAGCUGUUCCGCGAAGCCCCCAUCGACAAGAAGGGCAACUUCAACUACGCAGAGUUCACCCGCAUCCUGAAACACGGGGCCAAAGACAAGGAUGACGAGUAGAGGAGAGGCAACGACUGCCUCCGGCCCCCGCACACAGACACACACACACACACCACAAGCCAAUCCCCAGCUCCUACCUUUGACCACCCUGUAGGUUUUAGCGAAAUUGAAUAGGAAAGCAUGUAGGAACAUAAAUGUCAGAAGUUAAAUGUUUACAGGUUUCUCAAAGGUAGGAAUGUGGGAAUCAUAUAUUUUGCAAUACAUCACUUUUCAAUUUUUAAUCGUCAUUGAAGGGUUUAACCAUGAAGGAGAGGUAUAUCGCAGCAUAUGUUACUCGACUGCAGCUUCAUCCACUUUGACUGCAGCUCUCCGACCUGUUGGAGGGAGCGUGGUCGGACGGUCAGUGUGUGCGGGGGCUGCUUGGACUGCCGGAUUCAGUGCUACAUCCAGUACCAGCCAUGUUUACCUCUUCCUGCCAAUUAGCUACCACACCUGUACAAGCACGGCAUCAAAAUCUCCUUUUCUGUUACAAGUGUGUCCCUGUAUGUUGGAAAUGGAUAAAGUGAUUCUUAUAUUUGUGUUUAUAAUUUUUUUUGACAAUCAAAAGUGGCAAGUACGACCACUUGAAGAAAUGGUUGCUAGAGCUUUUAGUCUAAACUCAUAUGUCUCUCUCCCAUCAGCUGGUUGUGUGUAUUGGUUGAAGGAUCAGGUAUGUCUGUACUGUUAGAUGGAAUUCAGUCUUAAUAUUGCUCAGACUAAUAAAGUAAGUUUGUUAAUGCCAUUGACCGCAAAAAGUGAA